AUGGCUUCCAAACAAUACCAUGUUAUGAUGUUCCCAUGGAUGGCAUUUGGGCAUAUGAUCCCAUUUCUUGAGUUAUCCAAACAGUUGGCAGCAAAGGGUAUUCGGAUUUCCUUCAUUUCCACCCAAAGAAAUGUUCAGAGGUUGCCUUCGAUACCUACACUUUUAGCAGACAACAUGAAGUUUGUGGAGCUCCCACUGCCCUCAGUUGAUGGCCUCCCUGAAAAUUGUGAGGCCAGCGUUGACUUGGAAAGAGAGCAGAUUCCGUAUCUGAAGAAGGCGUGUGGUGCGUUACAAGCACCAAUUGAAAAGCUGAUCCAUAAGGAUCCCCCACACUUAAUUCUGUUUGAUUUCAUCCACUGCUGGAUCCCUGAAACGGCUGCUAAAUUUGGUGUGCCUUGUGCCUUUUUCAGUGCUUUUUCUGCAAGUGCAUUAACCUUUGCAGGGCCACCUGCAGAGCUGAAGUCCCUCAACAAACGAAACAAAGCUGAAGAUUUUUCGGCUCGAUCAGGCGGCAGGUUAUCUCCAACACUUCUACUCUCCUGA